GUUUAUUUUUUUUUAUUUCAUUUUUUGAGUAAUUAAAUUUGUUUUUUUUUAUUACGUUUCAAUGUCAUUAUUGGUAAUUCGAAAAGAUCAAUAUCAGAGUAAAGUGUGAAUAAAUAAAAGUUUAAAAUGUCGCAACAUUACUGGUUCAGCUGUAAUUAUUAUCGAUAAUUAUGUCAUAGAUUUAAAUUAAUUUAAAAAAAUGUAUUAUUUUAUUUUAUCGGUCAGUCAGUAGAUCUAUUUAUACUUAGUGUGACAGUGGAAUAAUAUUAUUUGUUGUUAAUGUAUUAGAGAAAGAGAGAGAAAAGUAUACAUAGAUAUAAUAUAAAUCCGUAUAUUAAAAUAUAAAAUCGAUGAUUGAAGCAGUUAAGGAAGUAAAUAACAUAAAUCAAAUAUGAAGAAGUUUACGAUAAAGGGAGUGUUAGACGGUUUUCGAUCGUCUGUUGCUCAACAAGUUAAACCUGAUCAGGAAAUCAUUGAAAAUUUACGAAGUGAUCAUUUUCAAGUUAAAAGAACAUUUCGUCAUGGUUUUCCACAUCAACCAACAGCAAUUGCAUUUGAUCCAGUGCAAAAAUUACUGGCCAUUGGUACUAAGACCGGAUCAUUAAGAUUACUUGGAAGACCUGGUGUGGAUGUUAAUAUUAAACAUGAAGGUGGUGCGGCUGUUAUUCAACUUGAAUUUCUGGUCAAUGAAGGUGCCCUGAUUUCCGUAACUGCAGAUGAUAUGUUACAUCUGUGGAAUUUGAGACAGAAAAUUCCUCAAGUUAUACAGAGUCUUAAAUUUCAACGUGAGAGGAUAACGUCAAUCCAUCUGCCGUUACAAAGCAAGUGGCUGUAUGUUGGUACUGAAAGGGGAAACAUUCAUGUGCUUCACAUCGAGACCUUUGUUUUAUCUGGUUACGUGAUCAACUGGAACAAAGCUAUAGAAGUGACAAGGAAGUCUCACCCAGGUGCUGUUAUUCAUCUGAGUGAUAAUCCAUUGGAUUUGAGUAAAAUGCUCAUCGGAUAUGAAUCUGGACAAAUAGUUCUUUGGGAUUUGAAACUUAAGACUGCGGAAUGGAGAUGUCAAACUGACGAACCAUUACGAUCGAUCUCUUGGCAUCAUGAGGGUAAACAAUUUAUGUGCAGUCAUACUGAUGGUUCCUUAUCUACGUGGUUUUUGAAACAGGCUAGACCUAUCAGCGUUAAUCACCCUCACGCAAAAUUGACCAAAGAUGGUGAGCCAGAGCCUUGCAAGCCAAUUCAAAAAGUUGAAUGGAAACUUCAUCGUUCUGGUGAAUCAUAUAUUAUAUUUUCUGGUGGAUUAGCUUGUGAAGUAACUGGAAGAACACCAAGCAUCACUGUUAUUCAAGGAAAAACUACAACAGUUUUAGAAAUGGAGCACAAUGUUGUCGAUUUUAUAACCCUUUGUGACAGUCCGUACACAAGUGAUUUUCAGGAUCCUUAUGCAGUGGUUGUUCUACUACUAAAUGAUUUAGUAGUAAUUGAUUUAUUAACACCGGGAUUUCCUUGUUUUGAAAAUCCAUAUCCAAUGGAUUUACAUGAAUCACCGGUUACUUGUUGUGCAUAUUUUGCUGAUUGUCCGGGUGAUUUAGUUCCGGCAUUUUAUUCUGUUGGCUCUAAGUCACAGAAAAAAACGGGAUUUAGUGAAAAAGAAUGGCCAAUUUCUGGCGGCGAAUGGAGUCCUAAUUCAAGCAGUUAUAAUGAAAUUAUCGUUACUGGACAUGCAGAUGGCAGUAUAAAAUUUUGGGAUGGGUCUGCAGGUUCAUUACAAGUAUUAUAUAAAUUAAAAACGGCCAAGUUAUUUGAGAAAUGUAAAACUAAAAGCUUAGAUAAUGAUGAGGAUCCACUGGCCAUACAAUUAAUGUUUUUAUGCCCCGAAAGCCGUAAACUAGCUGUUGUUGGCGCUGGACGCCACGUUAUUUUAUUCAAGUUUAAAAAAGUUGAAAGUAUGUCAGAAGUUGUGACACUAGAAAUUUCGCUGACUGGUGACGGUAAAGAUACUGAAGGUUCACCAGAUCCCGAUUUAGAUCCUUGUCAAAUUCCGGGUGUCGAAGAAUCACGAGCUGCUGAAGCUGCAAAUUCAUUAAAGGUCAAGGGAGGUUUGCAGAAACGUGCUGCUGGAUUUCAAGCAACUUUAAUCUGUUUAACGUCUAAUAGUGGCGGUGAACAGACGGAAAACAUCACAUCACUGAGCCUGAAUUCAUCUUAUGGCCUAUUAACAUACGGCAAUGAAACCGGUCUAGCUAUUGUGGAUAUCGUACAAAAAGUAAAACUACUAGUGUUAAGUACCGCAGAUAUUGGUAAUACAAGUGAUCCAUGUCAACGAGCACUACGCAGCCCCAAACGUCAAGACGACUCGAAAAAGGAGAAUGACGAUAAAGCACGCAGUCCCAGUAUUGAUCAGAUUCACCGAGAAUCGGCAACAGACUACGAAUCAUUAGUAGCAGUAGGAGAAAAGGCUUCUUCUUGUACUUCCUUCCCUUUGCACCAUCCUCAACAGCUGAUGCACCUACCCCAACAACAACAACAGCAACAACAGCAUCAACUUACCGAUGAUUGUCACGGUGUGAAUAGCGAAACACGUGAAACAGAUCCUAUUGUCAAAGAUGGUACAUCAUCAGUCUCAACAACACCAAUUGCAUUGCGAAAGUCGGGAAUUUCUGGGAAUGAAGAUGAGACGCGUGAUAAGAAAACAUGGAAGUCAUUUAGUCUUAAGCGACAGCUUAGCAGAGUUGAUAUUAAAAUCAAGAAUACUUUUACGCCGUCCACAGCUUCAACAGCUUCAACGACCACAGCUACUAAUGGGAAACAAGCAUCACAAUCAACAUUUUAUCGCAAUACCACUGAAGUAUCAUCACCAGAAUUAAAUGAUGAAACAACAACCGGGUCAACAACAGUAUUGUCAUCAUCAUCAUCAUCAUCUAGUCGAAGUCCUGGAUCAACGCGUUCUCCACGCAGUGAGCAACGUGGCAUAACAACUGCUAGUGAAUUAUCAACAAUAUUAAGCCCUAGCGAUGUGUCAGAUGACAAUGAAGACAGUGACAAUAACAAAAAAUUAAUAAAUCCAUUUGCUAAUAAUCCAAUACGACCUAUUGAUCUACCUCUGUUAGAAAAUAAUGAUAAAUUAAUGGAAUUACAUAAAAAGCGUUUAAAAGGGCGACAUAUGAAGACACGUUUAUUGUCAGUACCUAAUAUUAAAAAUCAAAAAUUAAAUAGUAAUAAUGUUAAUAAUAAUAAUUUUUGCAAUGAACCAUCAUUUAAUAAAAAUGAUGAUUUUUCAACGUCGACAACUGGUAUGACAUCUACCAACGAAUCAUUUGCCGGAAAUUUAAUGAGAAGAUUCAGCCGUGCAGAUAAAUAUGACAGUACAUUCCAACGUUCAAGAAGUUCAAGCAUGUCAUCACUUGAAAAUAUUUCAACAGAAACCAUCAGCUGCCUUACAUUUGCCGAUUGUUACACAAAAAAAACCGAUGUUACUGUUUUACCAACAUUAUGGAUUGGUACUUCAUCGGGUUCGAUACAAACUGUGGUAUUCAAUUUACCAAUACCUGAAGAACGUCAAACACAGCCUGUGAUUAUUUCUACAUCUAAUGCAUUUACGUUCAAACUAAAAGGUUGUAUUUUAACAAUUUCAUUUUUGGAUUGUAAUGGUGCAUUAAUACCAUACUCCUACGAGUCAUGGAAAGAUGAAACUACUGACGGUAAAGAACGUAGUCGCGGUUCUAGAACGAAUAGCCGUAUGUCACCAUUGUUAAAUGCACAAACGUCAAACACGACGGGAGAAGGUUGUGAUGAUCGUCAAUUUGUUAUUUUGGUAUCUGAGAAACAAGCUAGAGUUGUUGCAUUGCCAUCGCAAAAUUGUGUUUACAGGCAACAAUUGAGCGAAACUCAUGCUGUUAUUAAAGCUGAAAUUACAUCUAUUAAAGAUAAUGUUUGUCUUGUUUGCUACGCCUCUAGCGGCCAUAUUUCAAUUUACAGUCUACCAAGCUUAAGGCCUCUCAUAGAUGUUGAUUUUCUACCAUUGCAAGAUCUCAGUUUUCAGACAACAAAACACGGCAUUGUAGACCCUAUGUUGUCCAUAUGGGGUCAUCAACUCUUUGUUAAUGGCGAUACAGAUCAAAUCUCGAAGACUAUUUGUUUUAGCAAUAGAGGUCAUGGAUUGUAUUUGUCAUCACCAACGGAGAUACAGAAGUUCAGUGUAUCUAGUGAGUUCUGCUCCGAAUUGACUGAAAUGAUGGGAGAUUUAUUCGUAACAGUAGAUAUGCCUGAACCGCCUAAAGAAAGCUUCUUUAAAGGUCUUUUUGGUGGUGGCGCACGUAGUAUAGAUCGUGAAGAGUUAUUUGGUGAAUCCAGUGGACGUGCAUCACGUACAAUAGCUAAGCAUAUACCAGGACCUAAUGCAAGUACUGAAGCAAUGCGUGAACGAGUUUCAACGGCAACAGGUGAAGUUGCGAUGGCACAUCAAAUGGUGAUGGAACGUGGCGAUAAGUUAUCACAGUUAGAAGAAAGAACAGCACGGAUGAUGAAUGAAUCAGAAAAUUUUGCUUCUUCAGCUCAUGGGCUUAUGCUCAAAUACAAAGACAAAAAAUGGUAUCAACUAUGAGUCUCGAACAUUAUUAUUGUUAUUAACUUUUAAGCAAAUAAAUUAUUAAAACUAGUGAUUUAAUGAUUUAAUUGAUCAGAAAAAAAAUUUUUGGAAUGAAAAAUAAUAUAAUUCAAUGACAAUUUAUUACGCACACGAAAUAUCAAACAAAACCGAAGUAAGGAAUAAUUGCAUAAAAAUAUAUUUAGAAAAAAAAAAAAAAAAAAACAGGAAAUAGUAGAUGAUAAAAAAUGUACUCAAAUUAAUAUUAUUAAACUAAAAAUUGAUAUAUUAAUACACAUAUACAUAUAUCGGUAUAUGUAUAUAAAAAUACUUAUACACACAUAUGUAUAUAGGUAUAGCUCUUAACCGUUGUUAACCCUUAUUCUUAUUAAAAAAAAUAAAAUAAAAUAAAAUAACGAAAAAAAUACCAAAAAAAAAAAAAUUAAAUAAAUAUAUUAAAAAUAAAAAAAAAAGUUGAAAGAUAUUUGUGAAGAGUAAAACAUAUGAAAUAAAUACUUUGUAUAUACAUAAGUAUAUAUGUAUAUAUAUAAGUAUAUAUACAAAGUAGCGGUGAUAAAUUUUAACAAAACAAAGUUUUUAAUGAUACAAUUUUAUUAAAUGAAAUUACAACGGACAAAAACAAAUAUAUAGUAAUAUUCAGUUCAGCUAAUAUAAUAUGUAAAGGUAAUUAUUCGUUAAAAUAAAUUAUGGCUUUGCGGCAUUUGAGUAAGCCGGAUUUAAAAAAAAUGAAAA